UGCUUAUUGUAGUCGUAUAGAUAAGUGUAUUGUGAUGAUAGUAAUAUCAUAACACUGCAGCAUUCCUUCAGUGCAAAAGACUCGACUUCUACAUCCUGCACUCUCAGCACUCCACACCAGACCGCGAAAUCCAACCUUUAAUCUCUCCUAUCAAAGCAGCAGCCAGCAAAGCUUUUCCCGCCAAACAAGCCAACCGCCCGACCUUAACCUAAAACACCGUCUCUCUUCGUUUCUCGUCGCGGAGCAGCCCGGAUGAGCACGCAAUAUGCGCAAAGCCAUCGUUCACAGCGCCCCACUAACCUAUCUGGGUAUUUUCUCCCUCUCUGCUUUUUUCUUCUCCUGUGGUGCCAUAAAUGCUAUGCGGUGCUCUCCAGCUAUAACUAGAGCACCCUCCUCCCUCUCUGCAUCCUCCUCCCUCUCCAUUCACUCCCAUCUCCUCCUCUCUGCCGCUCUCAUCCUCCACCAUGACUUCCAGCGAGCUUUCCUCAAGCGAGGUCGGCUCUGUCGAGAAAGGCGUCCGUCCUAUCUCGGUCGAUGAGCAAGAACUCCUCGAAAUCGCUCCCCUGCCCGCCAAGAGACCUUGGUACAAGUUCUUUGACGAGUACGAGUACAGAGACCUCUACGAGCGACGAGGCACCACCCACAAGUGGUAUCACUGGUUCGACGAGACCGACACCCCCGAAGAGCGGAGGUACAUCAUGAAGCUUGAUCUUUUCAUCACUUCGUACUGUUUCCUCAGUUACUGGGUCAAGAACUUGGACCAGACCAACGUCAACAACGCUUACACCUCCGGCAUGAGUGACGAUCUCAACAUGGGCGGCAGCGACCUUACUGAUCUCCAGGUCAUGUACAACGUCGGCUGCGUCGUCUUCCAACUUCCCUUCCUCUACCUCUUCCCCAAAGUCCGCAUGGAGCUCCUGAUCCCCGGCCUCGACAUCAUCUGGGGUUUCUUCACCCUCGCCCAGUACAAGGCCAAGAGCAAAGCCGAGAUGAUGGCGUUCCGCUUCCUCAUCGGCUGCGCUGAAGCCCCUUUCUUCCCCGGCGUGCACUAUGUCCUUGGCGCUUGGUUCAAGGCCCAUGAGAUUCAGCGCCGAGGCGGAAUCUUCUACAUCGGACUCAUGCUUGGCUCGGCCACCGCUGGUUUGCUCCAGGGUGCUAUCUUUGACAACCUCAACGGCGUCCACGGCCUCGCUGGCUGGAGAUGGAUGUUCAUCAUCGACGCCAUCAUCACCAUCCCCGUCGGCAUCAUGGGCUUCUUCAUCUGGCCUGGAACUCCCGACAGAAUGCACUCCUACUUCUUCAACGAGAAAGACGCCGCCAUCGCACGUCGCCGCGCCAAGCGCAACGGAACCGGCAAACCAAAGGGCUUCUCAUGGGCUACCAUCAAGCGCGCCUUCUCGACCUGGCACUUGCCCAUCCUCGCCAUCUGGGAUACCUUGUUCUGGAACUCCUCCGCCCAGGGCUACGGAGUCUUCCUUCUCUGGCUCAAGUCGCUCAACCGCUUCGAGACCGGCCGCCGCAACACCAUCUCUGCGAUCGCCCCCGCGCUCGGAAUCCUGUACGUCAUAAUCUCCUGCUUCGGCGCCGACAUCUUCCGGUCUCGCUGGUUCUUCCUCUGCCUGCCGCAGCUCUUCAACUGGACAAACAUGGUCAUCCUCGCUAUCUGGAAGGUGCCUGAGCACGCGAAAUGGUACGCGUUCUUGAUCCAGUAUACCUCGAACUCGAUGUCUUCUGUCCUUUACGGCUGGAUCAACGAUAUCGUCCGCCACGAUGAUGAGUAUCGCUCCGUCAUCCUCAUUCUCGUCAACACGAUCGCGCAGCAGUCAACAGCCUGGACCCCGCGUAUCUUCUGGAAGAGUUCCACUGCGCCCGAGUACCACACCGGUUUCAUCUUCGGCGCCGUCAUCUCGGGAACUCUUAUCCUCUGGACUUUUGUCGUUCUCUGGUUCUUCAAGCGCGACGAGCGCAAGUACUACUUCAAGCUCCUCAACGAAUCGCACGAGAACUCUGAGCUUUCCGAAACUGGUGAACUCGAGCACCACGAGGAGGACGAGAAGACAGGUAUUGCUGCCUCUGUUCACAAGAAGAACAGCGACUAAUACACUCACGAUUCAUUUCACGCAGAAAAGAGUUAGAUUAGAGAAAAAAAAGUUCAUGUCGUUUGUCGUUUGUUGCUUAUUAUCUGGUGGGGUUUUCAAUACAUGUUUUGGCUUUGGCUUGUUUGGUUAAUACUUGGAAUAAAUGAUUGAAUUUCGGUUGAAUUUA